AACAACAAAGGCGCAAAACCAGAGAGAACAACAACGAAACAUCUCGACCUCUGCCCUCGUUUUCCGGCGACGGUUCGUCGGCGUCUCGGAGGUCGGACGGUGAAACCGUGACCUAGAUCCCCCCUGUACUCGGUCAAGCUCGGUGAAGGUCUGCAAAUGGGUGCCCAGGGCUUCACUGUUGAUUUGAACAAACCCCUUGUUUUUCAGGUUGGCCACCUUGGAGAUGCGUACGAGGAAUGGGUUCACCAACCUAUUGUGACCAAAGAAGGCCCUCGGUUUUUCCAGAACGACUUUUGUGAGUUCUUGACCCGGACAGUAUGGUGGGCUGUUCCGGUAAUUUGGUUGCCGGUUGUUUUCUAUUGCAUCUCAACAUCAGUAAUGAUGGGGCAUACGCUUCCAGAAAUGGCUGCAAUGGUAGCAUUUGGCAUAUUCAUAUGGACAUUGAUAGAAUACACUCUCCACCGAUUCCUUUUUCACAUUAAAACAAAGAGUUACUGGGGGAACACUGCACACUAUCUGAUGCAUGGAUGUCACCACAAACACCCAAUGGACCACCUUCGUCUCGUUUUCCCUCCGGCCGCAACCGCCAUUUUAUGCAUUCCGUUCUGGAACAUUGUGAAGCUCUUUGCGACCCCUUCGACAACUCCUGGAUUGUUUGGGGGAGGCUUGCUCGGCUACGUGAUGUAUGAUAUCACGCAUUACUACUUGCACCAUGCCCAACCAUCCAGCCAAGUUACCAAGAAUCUUAAGAAAUACCAUUUGAAUCAUCACUUCAGGAUACAGGACAAGGGGUUCGGAAUCACUUCGUCGCUAUGGGACAAUGUGUUUGGUACACUUCCUGGAUCUAAACCCUCCACCAAAUAACUCCAAAAAAAAAAAAGAGGAGGAGGAGCAGCAGUGAGGACCGAAGCUGUGUUUCAUCACCAAAAAAAAAAAUUAAAAUGGUCACUGAUGAGAUAAUAUCUUCCCCCAUAUUUAAAUGAUCCUCUGUAAAUCAAUUGUGUUUCAUAACCAUUCCUUUUGGGGUCUGUUUAUGAACAUCGUUACCAUCAUUAUUCUAGAAGUUCAUUUAGGACACAAGGGGGUCGAAGGUAAAUGUUUAAUUUU